AUGAAUAUGUACGCAUUUGUCUUCCUCUUACUAUUGCUCUGCUUCAACGUCAAUGCUCAACAACCAAAACCGCCUGGAUCUUGUAAGAUACCCGGCUGUAUGUCAUUCCACAGAUCAAAGUGGAAUGUAGACGAUAAAACCGGCUGUAUGUCAUUCUGCAGAUCAAAGUGGAAUGUAGACGAUUAACGUUUCAAGACACCAAAGCACAGUGUCCGUUCAACUUAUACUCAAGACACCAAA